GUAAAAACUUAAAAUAAAAGAAGUAUAAUAGUGAUAAUAUUUAAAAUAAAACAAAAAGAAACAUUUUCUUUAUGUACGCAAAAAAACAAAGUAUGAUUAAAUUAACUCCUAUGGGCCCACAUAAACAGUUUAUUUCGGCCGCCCCGUUUUGUCGUCUCCUCUCAUCACCCUCCACCACCGUCGCUCCCUUUUCCUUUGACUCCCCACGCUUUUUUCUCUCUCUUAUCCUUAAAAAAAAAAAAAACCUUCUUUUUAAAUAAAUCACUUCUUAUAUGAAUUUCUUUCUUUCUGGUUUUCUCUAACUAAAAUUCCUUUCUCCUGUCCCCUCAUUUUCUCUCUCCUCUUUUUCAGAAAUAGAAGAAGACUCAUAAUAUUAUCAUAUGAAGAGCUUACAGUUGGCAUGCUUGAAGAUUGCUUCUUUUUCUUCUGAUGCAAUUUUAGAUCAACUGUUUUUCUCUUGACUUGGGUUUUUACGAGAAGAUCAUUGUUUUUACCAUUUUUCCCUUGGGAUUUGCUUCAUUUUUUAGUGGAGUAUAGUAAAAUCUAUUUCUUUUCUUCUUUAUUUUUUAUUUUUUUUUGCAAAGGCAUAUGGCCGGUAGUAAUGAAAUCAACGUCAAUGAAUGCAAGAAAGUAGUUCCUUUAAACACAUGGAUUCUGAUAUCAAAUUUCAAGCUAGCAUACAACCUGCUACGCCGGCCUGAUGGAACAUUCAACAGAGAACUAAAUGAAUUCCUAGACCGUAAAGUUGCUGCCAAUACAAUCCCAGUGGAUGGAGUUUUUUCAUUCGACAUCUUUGAUAAGUCUACAAAUCUCCUAAACCGCGUCUACAUGCCGGCAUCGCCAGAUAAUGAAGCGCAAUGGGGAAUUGUAGAGCUCGAAAAACCACUUAGCUGCGAAGAAAUCGUACCUGUUAUAGUAUACUUUCACGGUGGUAGUUUCACUCACUCGUCAGCUAAUAGUGCCAUAUAUGAUACCCUGUGUCGCCUUCUUGUUAGCCUCUGUAAGGCAGUCGUGGUGUCCGUAAACUAUCGUAGAUCACCAGAGCAAAGAUACCCGGCAGCUUAUGAUGAUGGGUGGUCGGCAGUUAAAUGGGUUAGUACAAGACCUUGGCUACAAAGUGGGAAAGAAAGUAACAGAAAAGUCCAUGUUUAUAUGGCCGGGGAUAGCUCUGGAGGUAACAUUGCACAUCAUGUGGCAGUCAGGGCUGCGGAGGAAGGGGUCCAGGUGAUCGGGAACAUCCUAUUGCACCCGAUGUUUGGGGGCGAAAAGAGGACCGAGUCAGAGAAGAGAUUGGAUGGGAAAUACUUUGUUACAGUUCAAGAUCGCGAUUGGUAUUGGAGAGCUUAUCUACCGGAAGGUGAAGAUCGGGAUCAUCCAGCGUGUAAUAUAUUCGGACCUCGUGGUAGGGAGAUCAAAGGGCUAAAUUUACCAAAGAGUUUAGUGGUUGUGGCUGGUUUAGACUUGGUUCAAGAUUGGCAAUUAGCUUAUGUUGAAGGGUUAAAAAGUGCAGGACAUAAGGUGAAACUUCUAUACUUGGAACAAGCAACAAUUGGGUUUUAUUUCUUGCCAAAUAAUGACAAUUUCUAUACUCUUAUGGAAGAGAUAAAGAAGUUUGUGAAUCCUAACUGUUAAUAGUUAGUUUCUUUCUUUGUCCUACUUUUAACCCCUCUUACCUAGAGUUCAUCCUUAUACAAUGACAAAAACAGCUUUUAACAUUUUCACCUUUACAUUUGCCUCUUUUUUUUUUUAGUUUUCCACUUUGAAAUUAAGUUGGGUGUGUGUAGCUAAGAAUUAAGAUAGAUUCCUGUGGUUAGUGUUAGCAUAAGAAAUGUGUUACUCUCAUUUAUGGCAACGAUCGAUCCGAGCGAGUUUUGGAUCUAUGGAGAUAAAUUCCAGUGAUUGUUUGGGUUAAUGGCGAUGCUGUUUCUGUUUGUGAUUCAUGAGCUCGUUAUGACUGACUACAUUCGAUUCGAAAUCUGCUCAAUUCAUCGUUGGAUUUGACAGAACCCAAAACCAACUAUAAGUUGAAGUUAAAAAGUACAUGCUCAACACCAGACAAAUUAAGAAGGUUGGUGUUUCGGGUGUUAAAUUAGUUGAUGUAAUUGAGUAUUAUUAUAAGGUGCUAAUUUUAGAGAACAUGGAUAUUGUCGACAUAAAGUCCAUGCCCUUGUGAAGCAUUAAUGUAAUCUUAUACAGUUGUUAUUAGAUAUGAAUUAUAUAAAGGAAAUUUUUGUUUGUUUC